GCAUGGGAGGCCCCGCCCCGCUCUUUGCAGGACGUCACUGGGUUCUGCAGGGGCCCGAGGUACCCGAGCCGCGGGAGCUGCUGGAGCCGCCACAGCCGCUGAAGCCACCGCCGCCGCAUUGGUGCAAGGGAGCCAGGCUGCUGCAGACUGCGCGCUAGAGCGAGAUGGCAUCAGCCACAGACUCCCGCUAUGGGCAAAAGGAAUCCUCCGACCAGAACUUUGAUUACAUGUUCAAGAUUCUCAUCAUUGGGAACAGCAGUGUGGGGAAGACAUCCUUCCUAUUCCGGUAUGCUGACGACUCAUUCACCCCAGCCUUUGUCAGUACUGUGGGCAUAGAUUUCAAGGUGAAGACCAUCUAUCGCAAUGAGAAGAGGAUAAAGCUGCAGAUCUGGGUGAGCUUGGGCUAUGAGGGGGCCAGGACUCUGACCACGGCCUACUACCGAGGGGCCAUGGGCUUCAUCCUCAUGUAUGACAUCACCAAUGAGGAAUCCUUCAAUGCUGUCCAGGACUGGUCAACCCAGAUCAAGACGUACUCGUGGGACAAUGCACAGGUGCUGCUUGUGGGAAACAAGUGUGACAUGGAGGACGAGAGGGUGGUGUCCUCUGAGAGGGGCCGGCAGCUAGCAGAGCACCUGGGAUUCGAGUUCUUCGAGGCCAGCGCCAAGGACAACAUCAAUGUGAAACAGACCUUCGAGCGACUGGUGGACAUCAUCUGCGAGAAGAUGUCAGAGUCUCUGGACACAGCCGACCCUGCUGUGACCGGAGCCAAGCAGGGCCCCCAGCUCACAGAUCAACAGGCACCCCCACACCAGGACUGUGCCUGUUAAGGCUCUGUCCACUCUUCGGCGGUCACUAGCAUUCCCCGUCCUGCUCUCCCACCCCCAGAUGGGUCACCCUCCUUGUGUGCCCCUCACUCCCUCACUCCAGGGCCAUGGAGCCCAAAGUGCACAGUGAGAGUAGGGCCCAGCAGGGAAGGAUGGGCCUCAUAUGUCUUUCCAGUCUCCCCGCUCCCUCAGUCUCUCUUGAGCUCUUAGGAGCUUCUAUUCCUGUAACUUAUUUAAUUUAUUAAGCUAUUUAUUUAUUUAUUUAGAGGCUUGUUAAAGGGACCAUGCCCCACUUGCUGAAGCCCAUCUCUGCAUCCCCAAUCCUAUUCUUCCCCUCUUCAUACCUCCAUCUCCCUUCCUCCAAUAGGCUGAUCUCCUGGGCCCCAUGAGGGCCCCACUCGUGGGAUGUUUCCCCCAUUCCGUCCCAACUGCAGGGUCCCUCCUUACCUCAGUUCCUUGUAGAAAUCCAUCUCCCUCUUCCUCUUGCUGUCUUCCUCCUUGUACAUAUGCGAGACUGAACCCUGUACAUAGGAUUAGUGAGUGGUCCUGUGUGUUCCAUGCCAUGCUGACUCGUGCCCAUGGAUUUCUUGUGUAUCAGUUUAACGCCACUUCUAAAACCCAGCAUUUCAGGGCAGAACACGGACAGAGGGGCCAAGCACCAACAGCCUCAUAGCAAACUGCUCUUCCUACUGUCUCUGGGGGUAGAUGAUAGAAGCAAGCUGGGAACCCCCAACUUUCCAUGUGACCUCUCUGGCCCUACUCAAGUUUGCACAAGAUGAUGGGCUUGUGUCUCACUCUUGGGAGGGCCUGGUCUGGCUGCACUGCUGGUGCAUUUGGCUUAAAUUGCUAUGAAUACCUUGGAUGGGGGUGGAGAAUGGCCCCACCCAGCCCAAUUCCCCUUCCAAGUCCUGGAACAUCGUUUGUUUUUUGGGGGGUGGGGGACACACACACCAAGGAGCAUGUUUCCUUCAGGCCCUCUGCUCCCAUGUGUUUGUAUAAUUGUUUCAUGUGGAGAAUGAGAGUUAGUGACUGUGUCAGCAACCAAACUCAAGUAUCCCUUCUUUUUCAUUUUUUUUCUUGGGGUGGGGGUGGGGGUGUGUGCCCAUGCAGAUCCCUGAACGUUAACCUAGCAAAAGCUCCCCUUGGUUGUGGUUUUCCUGAUGACCUUCUGGGGACAGCUACAGUGUACUGUACAGAUGUGACAAGUGUCAAACACAGGCUGUUUCCUAAAUCACUGUAUCACAGAAGUGUCGUGAGAACAAUAAAACCCUGCUGAGCCCAGUCGGCUGGAUGUGUAAA